CCAUUUGAUGGACAUUGAUACGUCUUGAUAUGAUGCUGUACAAUGGUUUUGUUUCAUUGUUCACUUUACCCCACAAACGAAGUGCAAGUCAGCACUAACCCCUACCCGUUUCGCUUCGUCCUUCAUGCAAGUCACUGGCCGGUGAGUCAGUCGCUCAAGGUCAAUGCGGAGAAUUGUUGAAACAGUUCAAUUGUCUCUGGUAUCAAAGUACUUUACAGGACUUGCCCCCAACAUAUCCAUCCACAUGUCAAUGCAUACAUCAAUAAUCUUCAGCUUACAACACCAUCACCAAUCAUGACUUCCAGCGUUACUCUCCUCCCUGCCGAACCUAGCGACAUACCAACCCUCAUAACCAUCUCCCACGCCGCAUUCGAACAAGACACCCACACACGCUUCAAAGCCCUCUACGCAGGCUACAACCACGGCGAAGGCAUGUCCUCCCCCCUCUCCUCCUGGAUCAACGACACCUCCAAAGGCGCCGUCAUCAAAGCCGUCUCUCCCUCCCACGAAAUAGUCGGCUGGGCAGCCUGGCGCUACAUCAAUUUCCAACCUACCGACGCCCCUCCCUCUCCCCCCUCUCCUACCAAAACACAAACACAAGAAGACCCCUUCCCUCCCCCACCAAAACCACCAUCCAACCCCAGUGUCCCAAAAAUCAAACACCUAGCAACCCUCACAGACGCAGCAAUGACGCACUACUCAUCCCUCCUCACGCCACCGGGUGUCAGAUGCCUCAUCCUAAUGGGCAUCAACGUCGCCCCCUCGCACCAAUCGCACGGCGUGGGCUCAUCUCUCAUCCGCUGGGGCACACGGCUCGCUGAUGAACAGAGGGUGUAUACGUGGGUGAGCAGUAGUCAUGAUGGGUAUAGGGCUUUUGAGAAGUGUGGGUUUAGGGAGGUGGGGAGGCUGGAGUUGAGUUUGGAUGAUUUUGUGGAGGAUGAAGGGGUCGGGGAGGAGAAGUGGGGAGAGUAUGUUUGGAGGUAUAUGAGGAGGGGGGUUGGUGGUGUUUAGUGGUUGGGGAAGGUGAUGUUGAUGUGAGUGGGGAUAGGGGGUAUCGCUUAAUUAACCCCCUUCUCGACUCGCUUGAGGCAAGGAGUGAAUUUUUACCCCUAUUCGUGAGCUUCAAAGCUUUGAAGGAUUUGGAUCGGUAAG